AUGUCUCGACGAUGGAUUUUAACCGGACAAGAGGGCUUCGAAACCUCUCUCGAGUACCAGCAGGAUGUUGAAGUCCCAUCUGCAAGCGAGCUCGGGCCCAAGGAUGUCUUGGUUGAGUUGCACGCCGCCAGCCUCAACUACCGAGAGCUUGUUAUUGCUGGCCCGGCUGGUAUCAAUGGUCCUAUCAACCCACCGAUCGUUCCCGGAUGCGAUGGCGCUGGUGUCGUCAAGGCUGUCGGUCCAGCCGUCCAACAAUUCCACGUCGGAGACCGUGUCAUCACCUACCUGGCACCCAAGCUUGCCGAGAGAGACGGCGAUGACGCGUUGGCUGGCUUGGCUGACGCUGUGCUCUGUCUCGGCCAAGGAGACGAUGGAACUCUGCGGUCUCACGGCGUGUUCCCGGAGGUUGGCCUUGUCCAUGCGCCCAGGUCCCUGGGGUGGCUGCCUGCUUCAACGCUCACCUGCAACUGGACCACGGCCUGGAACGCCUUUUUCGGCCUCAAGGGCCAUCACGUCGGACCUGAGUCCUGGGUCCUAGUGCAGGGGACUGGCGGCGUCAGCGUUGCCUGCUUGCAACUUGCCGCUGCGGCCGGGGCCAAUGUGGUAGCAACGACUUCCUCGGAUGAGAAGGCUGCCCGUCUCAAGGCUCUCGGCGCAAAGCACACAGUCAAUUACCGGACGAGCCCUGGCUCCUGGGGUCAAGAAGCUCGUAGCUUCACUCCUGAUGGGCGUGGCUUCGACUUUGUCAUUGACAUUGGCGGCAACGAAACCCUCGCACAGUCCCUGGCCUCAGUGCGGGUUGACGGCCUAGUCCAAGUGAUCGGUGGCGUUGGAGCCAACGCGGACGCGGUGCCCCUUUUUGCUGUCCUCCUCCAUACCUGCGUUGUUCGUGGCAUUCUGGGCGGUAGCAGAACACACCUCAAGGAGGCAGUGCGCUAUAUCGACGAGAAAGGAAUCGUACCCGCUGUGGACGAUGUAGUGUUCGAGUUGGCCGAGGCAAAGGAAGCCUAUAGGCGCCUGAAGGAGAAGAAGCAUUUUGCGAAGGUGGUCAUCAAGAUUGACCAUCCAGAGGCUUAG